AUAAGGUCAUUCGGUUUGUUACCGCGGAACUCAGAGAAGCGGUUGGGCUUGAAGAGAGUGUACGCGGAUCUCGUGAGUACUUCUCUCGGGACAGUUGUAAGGAAAAACGGACUAACUGAUGUGGAAAUUGUAUCGUCAGCGUUUACGUGCAAUACCGUAACGUGUCAAGAGGAUGUGCGGUAGUGAAACUGGUAUUCCCAGAGAGAUUCGUUGAGAGGAACGCGGCAGAUUAUAACCCGUUACUUUUCCUGUCAAAAAGAGACACGCGAAAGUUUUGGUGGAUUCUUUUUCGACGUUCACGAUUCUGUGUGAUCGAUUACUCGCGAUUCACCAUAGAGCGACUACUUGUAGACGCAAACAUGUGAAACAUUUUGAAAAUUCGAAAACAUCGUGGGGGGAUAGUUGUGCCGUCCCUCGUGCCUGCGAGACUAUUAACGAAGGCCACGUGGACCACGUCGGGAGCUUGAAAAAAUAUGUGCCAACAUGUCCGAAGCCGGCGCGCAAGAAGCUGCGAGCGAGAUCGAGAGACAGGCGUCGGUUUACGUGUUCCCAGGAUCGGGAUUGAAUCAGCAGCAUUAUCCCGGAUCAGCGGUCAUGUCGUUGCAGCCAGCGAUCGGCUCGAUUCCCGAUACCUCGAUCCCCAACACGACCUCGUCGACCGGAGGAUUCGGCAAAGUAGACGCCGAGGAGGACGAGGCGACUCGAAACAGAAGAAGACCAUUGCCGAGGACUCACGCCAGAUCAGCCAGUCAUGGAGGAGUAUUGGCGGAUUGCCUGACGAGCACGGGAUACCAGGCGCAGACGGGAUCGUAUCUCGGUCCUUUGUCCGCGAUCGGAGCUGUCAGACCAUCGGCACUCAAGAAACCCGGUCACCAAAGGGCGUUCAGUCAAGGUCAGGUGAUCGAGGUACAGGGUCACUCGGUCACAGGACACAGCCGGGUUGGAUCCAGGACGGAUUUUAUCCUUCCACCCGGACACAGGGAGGAACCGAGACCACCCACCGCUGGAAGGGUGCCCUCCUUUCGGGGACACUCGCGACAGGCAUCCAGAUCAGAGUCGAUAUACACGAUAAGACGUAGCGCAGAACCUCCGUGGUGGAGGAGACUCUGGGCCCGAUGCUUCGGCCCGUUACCCGAUGAACCUCGCUUAAGGACAAUAGUACCAAAUCACUUAGUACCGCUGAAGACACCUUCGAGUCAGCAUCCUAAUGGAAAGAGAGUGAACAAUAGAGUGCGCACAACAAAAUACACUAUGCUGAGCUUCCUACCUCGCAACAUUAUCGAACAAUUUCACCGCGUGGCCAAUAUAUAUUUCGUGUUUAUCGUGCUGCUUAAUUGGGUGCCAGCAAUCAACGCGUUCGGCAAAGAAGUCGCCAUGAUACCUGUAAUCUUUGUACUAGGCGUAACAGCGCUGAAAGAUUAUUUCGAGGAUCGGCGAAGACUUGCCAGCGACCGACGUGUUAAUAAUUCCACAUGUCGGGUCUACGUAGGGGACGACGACAGGUACGCAAAGGUAGCGUGGAAGGACGUUAAGGUCGGCGACCUGGUGCACCUCUCGAACAACGAACUCGUACCAGCCGACGUGUUGCUUCUGCGAAGCAGCGAUCCUCAGGGCGUUGCUUACAUCGACACCUGUAAUCUCGACGGCGAGACGAAUCUGAAGCAACGACAAGUCGUGCGAGGCUUUGUGGAUCUACAGGACACCUUCCAACCCGCGAAAUUCCGAUCCGUAAUCGAGGUCGAUCAACCGAGCACCAGGAUAUACAGGUUUCACGGAGCUGUCGUUCAUCCGAACGGUGGUAGAGUACCUGUUUCCACGGAGAAUCUUCUGCUCAGGGAAUGUUUGUUGAAAAACACCGAUUUCGUCGAGGGAAUAGUGAUAUACGCUGGUCACGAGACGAAAGCCCUGCUUAAUAACGGUGGACCUAGGUAUAAGUGUUCUCGUCUUGAGAAACAAAUGAACAGGGACGUGGUAUGGUGCGUUGUGAUCCUGGUGGUGUUAUGCCUGAUCGGUGCAAUCGGUUGCCGAUUAUGGCUCUCCAGCUAUGCCGGUUCGACGUUCGUCCCGUUUAUCCCAGUCCUGCAGGAUCCAAAUUACGAGAGUAUGUUAACGUUCUGGACGUUCGUGAUUAUCCUUCAAGUGAUGAUACCGUUGAGCCUGUACGUCACUCUAGAAAUGGCGAAAGUCGGCCAGGUUUAUCACAUUGGCCACGAUAUCGGCCUGUACGACGCGGAGACGGGACGCUCGGCUGAAUGUCGCGCGCUCAAUAUCACGGAGGAAUUAGGUCAGGUGCAGUAUAUAUUCUCAGAUAAAACUGGUACCCUUACGGAGAACAAAAUGCUGUUCAGGCGAUGUAUCGUGGGAGGUCAGGAUUAUUCGCACACAGGGGACGGUGAGAAUUUGGUACCUUCCUCGCGGCUUAAGGAAGAUCUCCUUAUAGGUACAUUUAGACAACAUCUACAAGAAUUCCUAGUCGUAUUAGCGAUAUGUAAUACCGUUGUGGUCAAUUCUCAACCUCAUUACGACACUAUGAACUCUAGUGGAGUGAUCGAGGAACUCCAGCGAAACGGCGAUGAAACUGGAAGAUACACGAGAAUGAUAGACUCUAGAAGUUUAACACCUUCGCCGGUUAUCCCUUUGUCGACGCUGUCGCAUCCGACGGAUAGUCUGGAGGAAAACGUGUCGUCAAUAUCUUCGAUGGUUGAGAUCGAAUCUGUUUUAAAUAACAGUAGCAAACUAUCGAGUAAACUGCCUAGGCCAAAGUUUCUAAAUGUGACGUCGAUACCAAGUUUAGGAAUAGGAUUGUUAGGAAGGAAAUUGUCUCCGAACGGAGCGCAGAAAAGGCGAGGUCCGUUGAGUCCCGUUAUCGGCACGAACGGCAAGAACGGAGGCGAAUUGUUACCUACCGCUGCGAUUUACGAAGCGGAAAGCCCGGAUGAGCUCGCCUUAGUGAACGCCGCUCGUGCUUAUGAUGUGAAGCUUCUUAAGCGAACGGCACGAAGCGCGAUCGUCGGUUUGCCAGAUAAAUCCAUCCUUACUUUUGAAAUUCUUCAUGUUCUACCUUUUGAUUCUAACAGAAAGUGCAUGUCCAUCUUGGUGCGACACCCUCUAACGAAUGAGCUGGUAUUGUACAGCAAAGGUGCUGACACCGCUAUACUGUCGUCUCUGACCUCUCAGGAUGAAAAUUCUAUCACGACGAUUAAAGCACGACAGCAUUUGCAAUCUUAUGCCCGCCAGGGUCUUCGAACCCUAGUGAUUGCUAAAAAAUCUUUGACCGCUCAGGAGUACGAGACUUGGCGACAAACGCAUACCGAAGCGGAAUUAGCAAUGGAAAAUCGUGAAUUACGUAUCAAAGAUUCGUAUGCGAGACUGGAAUCCCGUUUAACGCUUCUAGGCGCCACUGGGAUCGAAGAUAAACUCCAAGCUGGUGUACCUGAAACAAUGGCUACCCUGAUGGCAGCAGGGAUCGUAAUUUGGGUGUUAACAGGAGACAAGCCAGAGACUGCGGUUAAUAUUGCAUACUCAGCACGUCUUUUUUCACCCGCGAUGCAAUUAUUGUGGUUGCAAGCGAGGUCUAAAUCUGUUGCUGAAACUUUGAUCCGCGGUUAUUUAGAAUCUGCACGAAAGGAAAGUAUAAGAAGAGGAACGGAUAAUUUUAGAGAGAUUGCGAUGCUCGGUCGUGAUACUGCGGAAAAUGAGGCCCAUAGAGUAGACAGUCCGUGGCCAAGGCAACGCGCACUCGUUGUGGAUGGAAAGACACUGACUGUUAUUCUUGAUCCUCGGUCUGGAUUGAUCCAACCGUUUCUGGAAUUAACAAAAACGUGCUCCAGUGUACUAGCGUGUCGAGCGACACCUCUUCAGAAGGCAUACAUAGUGCGAAUAGUGAAGGAGCAACUGGGAAUGAGAACUCUGGCAAUUGGCGAUGGCGCGAACGAUGUUAGCAUGAUUCAGACCGCGGAUGUGGGUGUUGGUAUCACUGGACACGAAGGGACGCAAGCUGUAAUGGCCGCAGAUUUUGCUGUUCCACGAUUCUCCAUGCUUAGUAGACUUCUCCUGUUACACGGACAUUGGUGUUACGACCGUUUGUCUAGGAUGAUCUUGUAUUUCUUUUACAAAAAUGCCACCUUUGUCUUCCUUGUGUUUUGGUUUCAGUUAUACUGUGGCUUCACUGGAUCAGUUAUGAUGGACCAAAUUUAUCUAAUGUUGUACAAUCUACUAUUUACCUCUAUGCCACCACUAGUAUUGGGUGUGUACGAUCGAGUAGCUUCACCUAGUGUUCUGAUGUCUAUGCCUCAUCUUUACAAAAGAGGACGCCUUGGACUCGUUUACAGACCGCAAUCGUUUUGGAUAACCAUUAUUGAUGCUUUAUAUCAAAGUAUCGUUAUUUUUUUCGUAAACGCAGCUAUAUACUAUGAUUCGACCAUUGACAUAUGGGAAUUUGGAACUGCCGUAAUGACGUGCUGUAUCAUUGUCAUGCUGACACAUGUUGCCAUAGAAGUUAAAUCCUGGACCAUAAUUCACGUUUUGGCCAUAAUGGGAUCACUAGGAGUAUUUUUUGGAUUCUGUUUAAUUUAUAACGUGAUUUGUGUUAAUUGUAUGGGCUUACCCUGUUCAUACUGGGUAAUGGAAGUGGCCAUCACCAGAUACACGUAUUGGCUUACAGUAGUGCUUACCUGUGUUCUAGCAUUGUUACCUAGGUUAUUUUAUAAAACGAUAAAAUCGACUAUAUCUCCUGAUCUCAUGCAAAGUGCCACACUUAACGCACCAUUAAAAAGUGGUAGCCGUAGACAACGGAUCGCCGAAAGAAGCGAAAAUAAUUUUAUCGCUGGUUGGUCGCGUUCGACUCAGCAUGCAACUAUAAGAACCGAAAGCAAGAACGAUGCGUUAACAACAAUUGUUGCAUGACAGAACCUGAAAAGUCAACCAAGACUGUCAGAAGGUUGUAAAGGAAAAAUGGAAACUAUUAAGAGUGCUGCUUCGUUAGAGUUAACGGAAAGGAAAACAACACGCUUUGCCGCAUUUCAACGUUUACUGUUCCUAAGGAGUGAAAAAGUAUUGUUAGGAAGUGUAUAUUAUUUUUAAACACAAGAUGCUUCAGAGAAACUGUAUUGUUCAUUGAAAUGAUCGUUUAUUUCUCGAUCGUCUUCACUGUUCAUCGAUUAGUAUUUUUUAAUUGAAUCGAGUGGCCUUAAAUCUCAGACUACUAUUCGUUGCAUUUGAUGGCUGUGACUUUUAGGGACCAAGACUGUUAGUCCAAUAGCAAUAUCAAUGACUAUCAGAGGUUCAUGCAAAAGAUUCACAUACAAUGGGUCACAAAAUUAUUCGGUCACCGUUUAAAACAGAAUACCUCAUUUAAAAUUGAACCAAAUGACUUGAGGUUUCUCGAGAAGCUAU